AUGAAGUUCUCCAUAGCUGAGAGCAGCGUUCUGCUGGCUUUGGCAGCCCGUGUUGCGACCGCCGCAGACUGCAAUGCCGACAACUGCCUCAGAGCCAUGAGGGCUACUCAGACCCCUGGUCGACUGGAGUCUGCGCGAGCUUUCUGCGCCACCUUCACAGGUGCCUCAGUUGCUCCCACAGCAACUCCCGCCUUUGCUGUGGAUGGCUGCAAGGCCAACCAGGUCGGAGAUGCUGAGUUCCGCAUCUCCAGCGCCUGCUCUUGCAUUGCCGCAACAUCGACCGCGCCGCCGUCGGCCACAAGCAGUGUCGGCACCGCUACCGCUGCUUGCGCUGUCGUGAGCUCUUCCUGGGCUGCUCAGAGAUCGGCUACGCCUACACCGACCGUCAAUGCCAAGCUCGCAUACGACUGUAUCACGUCGGCGCCUCUGAACAAGGCCGCCGCGCUGAGGUUCAUCGCUGAACUCAGGCCGUACCUGGAAUGGCAAUCUGAUCUUGCUUUCUUGAAGAACCCACCAGCGGAUUACUUCUUCCCGCCUCACGAUGUCUUCGCCGCACUCGACAAGGUUGAGGCCGGUCUGAAGGCGGAUGAGUACCCCAACGAACACUCCUGGCAACAGGACAUGUACAUCAACGUCUUCGGUCCCGGUCACGACGGUCAUUUGUAUGUCUACUCUGACAUCUUGACCAACGCCAUUGACUGGGCACGACCUUUCGGCCUCGUCAGCAUCAGCGAGGACGGCACAUCCACCCCCGUCAUCAAGGUCUACGACGAUGUCAUGAAGACGCCCGACACCGCCUCUGUUCUCUCGCUCAUCAACGGCGUCGAUGCGACAAAGUUCAUUGAAGACCUGAUCUUUGCAGUCACUGGCAACCAGGACGCUGAUGCUGCUUACAACUCCAUGUUCUACGAGAAGGCCUUCGCUGCCAACAACGGCACCGGCUACUUCAAGCAGGGUGGCCGCACUAGAUACGUCUACCCCGGCGAGGUUACGUCUUUCACUUUCGAAAACGGAACAUUCCUUGAACUCUCCAACGUUGCGAGACUCAAGGGCAACUGGAGUGGCGUUGUUGACGGACCGUCAUUCUUCAAGAAGUUCGCUCCCAACGCCGACGCCGCCCCGAGUGUUGCUGCCCCUGCACCAACAACGUCACCCUCGCCAGCCCCGGUCGCAGCGCCAACCGGAGUUCAAGGUUACCCUGCUCCUGUCAUCAUCAGCAGCGACUCGGUUGUCUCUGGUUACUUCAUCGACGAGCCGGGAUUCGAAGAUGUCGCAGUUCUUGCCAUGCUUUCUUUCUCCCCCGAAGACCCCCCUGAGUUCCAGAAGGUUGUCGAGUCGUUCUUCGCGUCAGCUGUACGUGCCGGAAAGACCAAGCUCGUUGUCGACGUUCAGGUCAAUGGCGGCGGUUACAUCUUCCAGGGCUAUGACACGUUCCGCCAGCUGUUCCCUGACAUUGUCCAAGAAGGUACAGGUCAUUGGAGGUACUCUCCCGGCUUCAAAGCUGUGUCUGAGGUGUUCUCCAAGAACUGUGAGGGAUACGACCCAAAGACGGCAUCCUACGAUCUCAUUCAGCAAUGCGAGAGCGUCUACAACUGGGGCUAUGAUCUUGACAGAAACUUGAGCGACUUCACUUCAUACCAGGACAAGUUCCCUCCCGCCGUUUACCAGGAUGACCAGUACACAGACCUCAUCCAAUGGGACUUCGAAAACGAACUUGACACAAGAAACACCACCACUGGCAUUGGUUACGAUGUGACUGGCUACGGCUUCCGCAAGAACUUCACUCGGCCUUUCGGUGGACCUGAGAACAUCGUUCUGCUCUUUGAUGGCUACUGCGCCUCAACUUGCACCCUUUUCUCUCAGUUCAUGAAGUGGGAUGCGGGAGUCAAGAGCAUCGCGAUGGGCGGACGACCCGAGAUCCAAGGAAAGAUCCAGGGCGUCGGCGGCGUCAAGGGUUCUCAGAGCUACGGAUUCAGCAGCGUCUACAGCUACACCCAAAUUGCGAAGGACGCAACCAACGACACCGCGCUGAUCGAGGAGUUGGACCGCUUCACAACAUACCCAAUCUCCCGAUCCUCGGCCGCCGGCGUCAACGUCAAGGACGAGAUUCUGCGCCAGAACUGGGAUGACGGCACGCCCGCCCAGUUCGUCGCAGAAUACUCCGACUGCAGACUCUUCUGGAAGGCCGACCACCACCGGGACAUCACGAACCUGUGGAAGGAUGCUGCCACGGCUGCGUUCAAGGGAGGAAAGUGCGCCUUUGGAGGCAUUGACUACGCGGCUACCGAGUCCACCAGCAAGCGCACUGUCGAGCGGCCGGCUCCCUUCAGCCGACCUCGCAUCCCGGUCCAGAAGGGCAAGGUGCCGCAGAGAGUGCCGGUUGCGAAGAGAGACGCGCCGACAUCGAAGCCUUGGACUUUCGAGGCGAACCAAUACAUGGUUGCCGAGAACUAG